GGAAAUCCCGCCUCUUCUCGAUGCACCAGCGCACUUGCAUCGGUGCACGAAUCGACUAAGCAACGGAGCGAGAGUUUCCACGCUUCCAAGUUUGUUAAGUGGACGAACCGCUCACCGGAUUCUCAAAUGAAUAGCUCUGAAACCAUUAACCGAGGCUUACCGUGAAGAGAGGAGGAUAAUUACCUGCUUGUUUGUCAAAGCUUGCAAAAUGAAGCUUUGGAGUUGUGUGUUAGCUGUCUUGUAUGCAGGAUCUUCAUACGGGGGGUUCGAUGUUCAGGAGCCAUGUGCAGGACGAGACUGCAGGGGACGGUGUCCGUGUGUCCCUUUAAAGGGUAGCAGGGGGCAGCCAGGGCCACUUGGACCAGUAGGGAGCAAUGGUCCUGAGGGAUUCAGCGGUAACCUGGGGCCUCAUGGGCCAAAAGGAGAAACAGGCCAUGCGGGACGCAGAGGGCCCACUGGACCAAAGGGAGACAAGGGCCCAAUGGGUGUUCCCGGGUUUGCUGGUAAUGAUGGUGUUCCUGGACACCCUGGUCAACAGGGGUCCAUUGGACCUCCAGGACUAGACGGGUGUAAUGGCACACAAGGUGAUCCGGGUGAUAGGGCUCGUGAUGGAUCUCCUGGUUUACCUGGAACUCCUGGAUACCCUGGUCAAAAAGGACAGAAAGGAGAACCACUAUAUAUAAAUCGUUCACCAUCCCCAAUACGUGUGAAAGGCCUGCCAGGUCCAGUGGGAUUUCCAGGUCUAGCAGGGCCCAGUGGUCCAGAUGGAUUACCUGGUCUGCCUGGUCCACCUGGUCUUCCUGGACCACCAGGAACCCCAGGUCAAGGUUACAAAGGGGAGCCGGGAGAAAAGGGAGAUGUGGGCCAGACCGGUGACCCAGGCCGCUCAUCGGUCAAUGGAGUGGUGGAGUUUGUUGGCUUUCCCAAAGGAGAAAAAGGAGUUAAGGGUGAUAAAGGUUAUCCCGGAGAAACGGGCUUUCCGGGGAGUCCAGGAAUACCAAGCCCGUACACUUUUAGAGGAGAGACUGGUGAAAAAGGAAUUCUGGGAUUGCCAGGAUUGAGGGGUCCUCCUGGUCUGAAUGGACCUCCUGGGCCUACAGGCAGAAAAGGUUUCAGGGGCGAUCAAGGUCUUUCAGGCCAACCAGGCUGGUCGGGAGUAAAAGGUGAAAGAGGAGACCCAGGUCCACCUGGACCAUCUCUUGGACAAACAAAUGCAAUUCCAGGUCCUCAGGGUGAUCCUGGGUUUCCUGGUUAUCCUGGGCUAAAUGGAGAUCAAGGUUCUCCAGGGCCUCCAGGUUUGCCUGGUCUUCCCGGAGUGCCUUCCUUUCUCGCAGGUCGUCCAGGCCCUCCUGGGUUCCCUGGGAUUCGUGGAAUCAAAGGACAGAAGGGAAACCCAGGUCGGACCAGCUAUGGCCCUGAAGGUCUUCCUGGAAGUCAGGGGGUUCCUGGUUCUCAAGGACCCUCUGGACCACCUGGUGCACCACCCCCUGUAGGUGAACUCACUUUGGGACUGCCGGGUUCUAGAGGUCGUCCAGGUCCAAGAGGGAUACUUGGAGACAAAGGCAUUAAAGGGUUUAAAGGAGAAAAUGGCGACUGUGAUUGUUUCGGUGGUGGCAGCCCUGCUGAUCAGGGACCUCCAGGGCCUCCAGGGCCCCCGGGUUUUUCAGGACUGAAUGGUGUGAAGGGAGAAGUUGGUGACUUGGGCUUCCCAGGACCUCGUGGUCAACAGGGUCCAGAUGGUCGUGUGGGUGACAGAGGCUUUUCAGGGCGUAAAGGAGCGAAAGGUGAACCCUUUUUUCCUAAAGGCAUAGGACAAAAAGGUGAAAUAGGUCAGCAAGGUCCUGCUGGGCCACCUGGAGACACUGGCAGGCCUGGAAGGGUUGGAUCUCCUGGUUACCCUGGACCACCAGGCCUACCUGGGGAUCCUGGUUUUGGAGUGACCGGAGAUAAAGGUUUUCCCGGUAUCCCAGGGGCCAAAGGCCGUACUGGUCCUGUUGGAUUUCCUGGUAUUGGUUACCCUGGUGCAGUUGGGUUGAAAGGGUCACAAGGUGAUCCUGGAUUCGAUGGUCUUCCUGGAGUACCUGGACCUCCAGGGACUCGAGGAGUAGAACUGCCUUGUAGGAUUCCUGGGGAUUUUGGCGAUCCAGGAUUUCCUGGACGUCCUGGAGCACCAGGACCAAAGGGUCAGCCUGGCUCUCCAGGACAGAGAGGACAAAUAGGUUUUGAUGGACUGAAGGGUGAGAGAGGAGACCCAGGCACUGGAGGUCUGCCUGGUCCUCAGGGUUUUACCGGACCUAGAGGAGAUUCAGGUUUACCAGGAAUAACAAAUGUUGGCUUACAAGGGUCUCCUGGGAAAAAUGGUUUUCCAGGUAUUCCUGGAGCAAAGGGAGAACCUGGUGUUGUUCUAGGGGCAACCCCCGGAGGCCCAGGUCUUCCAGGAAGGCAGGGAGAUCCAGGAGACAAGGGUCAACCUGGCACACCUGGUUUUUCAGGAAGCCCAGGUGCCGAUGGGCGCAAUGGCUUUUCUGGUGCAAAGGGUGAGCGGGGUUUGGAUGGAGAACCUGGUCCCCAAGGUCCUGUAGGUCCACCUGGUGAAUAUCCUACUGGAGGUAUCCCUGGACCUAGAGGCCCAGCUGGAGCUAAAGGCAUUUCUGGAGCUUCAGGAUUACCUGGGCAGAAGGGUGCGAGAGGAGAUCCAGGCUUCCCAGGGCCUGGUGGAAUUAAGGGUCCUCCUGGAUAUACUGGUGUUCCAGGUCUACAGGGAUUUAGGGGACCCCCUGGACCCCCUGGUUCUGGACGUCCAGGCCAAUCUGGAAGACCUGGAAUAAAGGGUGAGAGGGGCUCUCCAGGGCUGUUAGGAUUCCCUGGAGGUCGUGGUACUCCUGGAUUCCCAGGUGGCCCGGGUAUAAAAGGUUUCCCUGGUUUAAAUGGACAGGAUGGUUCACCUGGUAGACAAGGAGCAAGAGGAAUCAAAGGCGAUCGUGGCUCAGAUGGUCUCCCAGGAACCAUUCCAGUUGUUCCUUUGGAGUGGCUAGUAAAGGGUGAACCAGGCACCCCAGGAGGCAGUGGAUCGCCUGGUUUUCCAGGACCAAGAGGUGAUAAGGGUUUUAAGGGAACACCUGGAAGACCUGGCUUUCCUGGAGUGCCUGGUACUGCAGACCAAGCGAAAGGUUUUCCUGGUGAGCCUGGAUUUCCGGGUAUUCCUGGUACACCUGGUUUCCCUGGACCGAAAGGUUCACCUGGUGUUUUGGGGUUUCCUGGCAUGCCUGGCCCGAGGGGUGAUGAUGGUGCACCUGGAUCUCCAGGGUUCCCGGGGACUCCAGGACAGCCUGGUGGCAAAGGUGAAAAGGGUGACACGUAUGUAGUACCUGGGCCUCCUGGAUCCAAAGGUGUUGCCGGAGAGCCUGGUUUUUCUGGACGUCAAGGGACUCCUGGUGAACGUGGUGAUCCAGGUUACCAAGGACCCUAUGGGUUUCAAGGGCAGAAAGGUCUUCGUGGAGAGCCAGGAGCACCAGGAUUUGGCUCACCAGGUCUCCCAGGCACUAGGGGUUCCCCUGGUUAUCCAGGACAGAGGGGGCGUGAUGGAGAUCCGGGCCGCCCUGGAGGUCCAGGUUCACCUGGAGGAAAAGGUUCAUCAGGGUCACCUGGUUUAAAUGGACUCGAUGGUCUUCCUGGAUCCAAGGGCCAGCCUGGAGUACCAGGUGUGAUUGAAGGUGGUCAGCGAGGUUACCCUGGUGUGCCUGGCCGUAAGGGAGAAAGGGGCCCAUCGCUGCCCGGAGGCCCUGGGGUUCCUGGAGAAAAAGGACUUAAAGGAGAAAGGGGUUUUCCUGGUUCUAGAGGCUACCCUGGUAAUCAAGGCCCUCCUGGUCCACCUAGUCCCUCUAAUAUCCCAGGUCCUUAUGGAGACCCUGGACUUCCAGGAUUAGAUGGACGGGAAGGUCCAGUUGGUCCUCCUGGCCCCCCUGGUCCACCAGGCGCUGGAACAGUUCAAGGAGACAGAGGAGAUACUGGUUAUUCUGGACUACCAGGCAAACCAGGACCACGUGGAGACCCUGGUGUUCCUGGGUCUCCUGGAAGACCAGGAUCUCCUGGAUUCAAAGGCCAACGAGGCGACCCUGGCUACGGUGGUAGACCAGGACAACCAGGAUUGCGUGGAGAACCAGGAUAUUAUGGCAGCACAGGACCCAAAGGAUUAAAGGGUUCAACUGGUCCUAAGGGGCUUCCUGGUUUUGUUUUUCCACCUACUAACAUGACUGAUAGGACGCCAAAUGGUGAUCCAGGCGACCAAGGUCCUACUGGACCUGUUGGUCAGCCAGGAACACCAGGCAGGGCGGGCAGUCCAGGACCCUCAGGUCCCAAAGGUGUUAGGGGGUCAGAGGGUAGACGUGGCCCGGAUGGUCCACCUGGAUCUCCAGGGUUCUUAGGAGACCCCGGGCUUGCAGGAAUUGGAGGACCAACAGGAAACCAAGGCGCCCGUGGCAAGCCAGGCUUACCAGGUCCUCCUGCUAUGCCGCAACGUAGUGUCAGUAUUGGUUAUACUCUGGUAAAACACAGUCAGUCCAGCUUCGUCCCCAUGUGUCCUCAAGGUAUGGACAAGUUGUGGGAUGGCUACAGUUUGCUUUAUGUGGAGGGACAGGAGAAAGCACACAACCAAGAUCUGGGAUUGGCUGGCUCCUGCCUGCCUUAUUUCAGCACCAUCCCUUUCCUGUACUGCACAGCCAAUGAAAUUUGUCAUUAUGCUAGCCGCAAUGACAAAUCCUAUUGGUUAUCCACCACGGCACCCAUUCCCAUGAUGCCUGUAGCAGAUCAGCAGAUAUCCCAGUACAUUAGCCGCUGUUCAGUGUGUGAGGCUCCAGCUCAAGCAGUCGCUGUCCACAGCCAAGAUCUCACCAUACCUACUUGCCCUCAGGGGUGGAGAAGUCUGUGGAUCGGUUACUCAUUCCUUAUGCACACAGCCGCAGGCGCAGAAGGUGGUGGCCAGUCUUUAGUGUCACCAGGUUCUUGUCUGGAGGAUUUCCGUGCCACACCCUUUAUUGAGUGCAACGGUGCCCGCGGCACAUGCCACUACUUCGCCAACAAGUACAGUUUCUGGCUGACCACUGUGGAUCUGAACGAACAGUUCACGGAGGGUCCAUCCCAAGAAACGCUGAAAGGAGAUCAGUAUCGCGCACGAGUCAGCCGCUGUCAGGUCUGCAUGAAGAUCUUGUGAUGCACAGCAGAAAAGUGACUUUUCAAGUAAAGGAGGCAUUCGAGGACACUAAACAAAGGAAACUGACUGAUAUGAUAUUAUGCCCUUAACCUGAUAUCAAUGGUGCUACCGUAUGUUUCAAAUAUGUUGUUGCUUUUUUAUUGUUGGGCAGAUUUACGGCUACCUCGGAGAGUGCUUCCCAAACUCCCAGCGGAUGGAACACAAUUAUUCACUAUUUUUCAAAAGUAUUCAUUUAACAAGGUCUUUAUUUAGCCGGUUGCUUCGGCAUUUCAGUUACAACAUAUGGCUCCAGUAGGUGCUACUUAAACAUUGAUGUUAACCAGACCCUCUUGUUUUCUGUUGACCAAAAUGGACAGACCAGCACUUUGUAAUCCAUAUGAAUGAGUGAAAUUGUGCCUCACGAGUAUCACUUGAAAUGACUGAUUUAUCUAACCCCCAAAAUAUGUAUCCUAUAUGAAUUGCACUGAAGUUAAUAUCUGGAAAAUAUGUAAAAUUCUUACACAUGCAACUGAUCUAAGUAAUUCACAUAGUCCUUAAGUUGGUUAUUGGUGGUUAUUCUAAGACAUUUGACAGGUAAUCAACACCCAUGCAACAUUUCUCAACCAAUCAGAAUAAAGAAUUCAACAGGCCCGUGCUAUAAAAAGAAAUGUAAUGCAUAUCAAAACUUCUUUCUGAAUGCCAAAAUUAUUCUUUUUAUAUAUGUUUGUAUUCAAAUAGCUUUUUAAUAACAAAAUGUCUAAUUCACUGUGUGCAUUGGAGGUGAUGUAUACAAUAAUUUUGAGUUAACCAGUCUCUUAGAGAGAUUGUUUGAUAUUUAACCACUAUGGCCACUAAACCUUUCAGUGUCUGACUGGUAGCCAUGAGUACACUUAUUUUUAUUAUGUUGCAUUGUUUGUUGUGCCCAUAUGGAAGUGGUUAGAUUAUAUUUCAUUUACUUCAUCCCUCAUUUACACUAAGCAAAGAAACACAGCUGAUUUGUACAUGAAUUAAUAUGAAAAAAUAACCUGUUUUUUUUUUUUCUAAAAUAAAGUUUGUACAUUUGUAAUUGGCUUUUAAGAAACGGACAAAUAGCAUUUAUUGUUUUUAUUGCUUUGAUGUAUAAUUUCAGUCUGAUUGAAAAUUCCUAAGCAAACAUUUUUAUAAAUACAUUUAGACCGUUAAAAUGAGAGUAAGAUUAUUUACAAUAUAUGAAAUAGUGUUGUAAAUGUUUUAUCUAAAUGCUCACAGACUGGUGCAUCUAUGAAACUGUCAAAUAAAAGUAUUUU